UUUACGUACACUUUCACUUUCACAUACUUUUUCAGUUUUUAAUCACAUUUUGGCCUGCCUACCCCAAGGCAGAGAGAGAUUUAGCAAGUAAAGGAGAAAAUAUGGUUUCCAUGGAAGGCGAAGCUGAAUCAUUCAACGAAGUCAAGCCACACGUCGUCGUUGAAAAUAAUGGCGAUAUUGUCGGUGAUAACGAUGUUGGCAAGCCGGGAUCCGUUGAAACCCCAAUCUUCCAGAACUGUUCCCUAGCAAUGCCUGCAUCUGGACUAAAUACCACAAGUCCUGCUCCAUCCCAACUCACCAUCUUCUUUGGUGGAAGUGUUUGUGUAUUUGAUGCAGUUCCCAUGGAAAAGGUGAAAGAGAUUAUGCAUAUUGCUGCUACGGCUGCUGCUGCCGCAGCUAACUCUGUUGACAUGAAGAAUGCUGCAACUGAUUGUGCCACCACUUCACCUGUUCUUACGAGGUCUCCUUCACUUCAAAGUACUGCAACUGCUUUAGCUUCACCACAGGCACAGUUGUAUCCUCUUCACAGGACUUCUCUUUGCAAACUGCAAGCUGAACUACCAAUUGCAAGGAGACACUCGCUUCAGCGUUUUUUCGAGAAGCGGCGGGACAGGCUGGUGAACAGGAACCCAUAUCCUAAUCCAUCAACACCAAAAACAGCUGAUGACAACAAAUCUAAUCUCAGUGCUGCAACUUCGCCUGAAUCGGGCUGCUUUGAAAAAUCACCUGUUCCUCAGGAAGACAUCCAACCAAAAGCUCAAGCCCAUGUUGCCUAAGCUAAGCAUAGAGGAUUCGUUACAUAUAUAUUUAUGUAUUUGGUAAAAAUUAAAUCUAGUUGUAUUAUUCUUGUAAACUGUAAAGUGCCCCUUAAGGCAGGUCUCAUGGUAUGCCUUGCCGUGACUUCCCAUGAGAGUGCUUCGUAACGUAGGAUCUGUUGAUCUGUUCACUUGUUUCCUGUUGCCUCCGCCAUCCAGGGACUGUCGUGAUGUCUUUUAAACCUGUUCAUCUUGUGUCUAAUCUCCCUGACAAUAGGCAAACUAAGCUAUCUAGGAUUUGCUAUGCAUGUAUUAAUUACCUUGGUUGUUGGC